AUGAUAGUACUAGAGCUAUUGUCACGUGUCAAAAGAAUUAAAAAUUAAACAAGAUGGCGUAUACGUCAACGACAUAUCAAUGUUUUCCACUAAGUUUCUUUUUCCAAUAGCUUUUUUGCUGGUUUGAUUUCCAAAUAAACUACUAUGUCUAUUAAUAAUUUAUCAUCUGUUCUCAAAUCUUGUUCAGAAAGUGAACUUAUAAAUGAAACAUCGGAAACUAGCAUGACACAGAAGCAAGUGGAAGGAUCCCGAUUGAAGCGUACUUUUACUUUACCCAGGAAUCCCUUUGGGAACUCAAAGCCUGGUUCAAGUAAAAGUAAAAGUGGCGAUGGAGACAACAAAUCCAUAAAUUCUAGUUCUGUGAUAAGUGAUACACAAAAGGACGAGGGCAGCUUAGAUAGGAAGUUGUUCAGAAGGCCUUCAUGGAAAAGGUUUCUAAAUAAGAUAGCUCUACAUAUGAGUACAGUACGUGUAGCGGGUGGCAAACCGGCUCCAGUUUUAGUUAAUGGAGAGAAGACGAAUUGUAAUGGUGAGCCUCCGUGGCCGCCUGGGAACACUCCAGCUGCGACAGGGAUAAAGAACCACGGAAACACUUGUUACAUGAAUGCUGUCCUGCAGUGCCUUUCUCAUACAGAUGUUAUUGCUGAAUAUUUUGUGUUGGACCAUUAUAAGGUUGAUCUUCAAAAGCGAAAUAAAAUUAAUUCAAAGAAAUAUGGAACAAGAGGAGAAGUUACUGAGCAGUUGGCAUCAUUGUUGAAAUCAUUAUGGGCUUGUCACUACACACCAGAUAUGAGCACAACCUUUAAGAAAACUGUGGAAAGACAUGGCACGCAAUAUAGAGGUAACAGUCAACAUGAUGCGCAAGAAUUUUUAUUUUGGCUUCUUGAUAAAGUGCAUGAGGAUUUAAAUACCGCUACAAAAAGAAAAUAUAAAACAAUAAAGAAUACUUGUGGGAAGCCAGAUGAGGUAGUCGCAGCAGAAACAUUAGCAAAUCAUGCUAGAAGAAAUAGCUCAUUUGUGCAGACAGUUUUUCAAGCACAAUAUAGAUCGGCCCUAACGUGUGCAAAAUGUGAAAGAACAUCUUGCACCUUUGACCCCUUCCAUUGUGUGAGUGUGCAGCUACCAUCAAGAUUAGCAACUGCACAACCGUCUCCCCUACCUGUCAAUGUAGUUUAUGUGAAUCAGCAACCUCGACAAGUUCGCAUCGGACUGGAGCUACCACCGACCGCAACGAUGGAUGAUUUAAGAACGACACUUCACGCAGAUACAGGAAUUGAACGCGAUCACAUUAUAUUAGCUGAAAUCAACGAAGCAGGUUGGUGCAACGCUCGUGCAAACUGGGAAGUUGCUGGUAUGGAUUUCGGCUCGCUGUAUUGUUUAGAGGCUCCGCCAUUAUUACAAACGCCAACAACUCCAUACCUUCUCUUACUAUGGGUCAAUAUAAUUGAAGGAGAACGAUUUGGUUCACCAUAUGCAAUGCAAGUUCCGCGGGAGAUUUCUUAUGAAGAUUUACAGAAGUUGAUCUUGAAGGAAAUGAACCAGAUUAUAUCCGAACGAGUUUUGGAAAACGCACAAGGAACUGAUAUAUUCCGCGCGAGGAUAGCUGAGGCACAUCGACCGCGGGACCCAGCUUAUUUGCAACCAGAGCUACCGCAUCCAUUAUUCGCCUUGGACGUAGAGCAAGCCUUGUGUCCGCACGAUAAACAUCCACAUCUCCGGUUGGAACUGCUCUGGGACCCCGAGCAACGUGACAAUAUAAUCCGCGAGUGCAAGGAGCAGUGCGAGGUGCACGUGUCCGCGGGCGGGGGGGGCGCGCCGCCGCUCACGCUGCACGCCUGCCUCACGCACUACACGCGCGCCGAGCGACUGGGACAGGACGACGCCUGGAGAUGCCCUCAGUGUCAGAGGUACAUGCCUGUGGUAAAAACAUUGGGACUGUGGUCACUACCGGACAUAUUAGUAAUACAUUUGAAGCGAUUUAGACAGCAGCCUAAAGGCCGGACGAGCACGAAAUUAACAACAAUGGUAGAGUUUCCACUCAACGAUUUCGACAUGACGCCGCACCUCGCGCACAGGAACUCCUCGGCGGAGUCGCCGGGGCAUUCGCGGUCACCACGGCGGAGAUACUCAAAAACGUCAACACUGAAUCAUCACGAUAACGUUUACGAUUUGUACGCCAUUUGUUAUCAUCACGGCGAUGACUUAGAAACAGGUCAUUACACUGCCGCCUGCAAAAACCCUUACGACCGCCACUGGUAUAAGUUCGACGAUUCAAGGGUGACACGGAUCGAAGAUGAAUGUGCCUACGAUGAGUUGGUGAACAACACCGCGUACAUGCUGUUUUACAAACGGCAGAAGCCGACCGUCACGCACUCCUAUAGCUCCGAGGAGUACGGCGGCCAUUGGGCGCUUCGCAUGCCUAAAUACGUAAAGAGGACCACGGAGACAUUGAAAGAGCUGACCGAGGUGAAGGAAGAAAACGUCGAAGAAACCAAGAUCGAUUCGUCGCCCGUCGAACACGACUCUGAGUCUGACGUCACGGCCGUCACGCGCAGCCCUUCGCUCUCCCGGAGCGCGAACAGUCUGCUCGACGACGACGCGCCUCCCGCUAGCAACAUCACGACGAUAAUUCAAUCGCCGACCCUACAGAGGCCUCUCAUUGUAGAAGUCAAUGGAAAUAACGUUUGUACAAACGUAAACGAACGCGAGUCUGAGCCGAGCAACUCUAUCGAGCUGUAUAUUCACAAGGACGUGCACGUGAAUCCAAAGAUGACGCCAGUGGACGGUCGCCGCCCACGCUCCGUGGACAUUCCCGUCACGCUCUCUGCACCCCACUCCGCCCCCCUCUCCGCUCCCCACUCCGCCCCCCACUCUGCCCCAUUCUGCACUAAAGACUCGAGUAGGAACUAUGAGAGCUCCCCCCUAGUCGCGAGCAUAAACGAAGUGGAGUACCAUCCCACAACUGAAGAGUUGAUGAUGUCGAUGUUUAAAGAAUCGCAGUUUAUCGUUCCCAGGCGCCCUGAUCGGGUCCAAGGAGAAUCUCAUCAUCCAGGAGAAAAGACUUCUGCAUGGAAAACUCGAAUAUCGACAUGAAAAAAAGAUAUCGAUCAUUGUAUAGUUAUUUUGUUCACGAAAGAGCUAAUUAUGUGUUUAAAAUACGUCAUAUUUUAGAUCUGAACGUAUCAUACAAGCAGCUAUUACUUUAUAUUUAGUGUUUUCGAAACUUUUGUAAACGUAUGUUUCUAUAUUAUUAUUUGUUGUACAAACAAGUGCAGAGGCUUAUACUGUAGCGUGGUAAGCAAGAUAAUAAUUUAUGGCUUUUAAUUAUUUCCAAUAUCCUCUAAAUAUGAAUCCAAGUCUUCGAUAAAAUGCCAACAUUCAUUUUAUUUGACGUUAUCAUUCACCAAAGAACAAUACUCAUUAAAUGAGGAAGGUAUUUAUCAAUCUCAUAGUUUUACAUUAAAAGUGUUUGAUCAUUUAACGUAAGUUUCUAAGUUGCAACUGGUUUUUUUUCUUUCGGAUAUUAUAUAUUACCUUAGUAUAUAAUUCAAUUAAUCAGAAUUUCGAAUUAAUAUAUUAAAACAGUUGUGGACUGUGGAUGUUCCAAUAUUUCCUUGUUACCAAAUACAAUUUUAUAUUAGAAUAAAAUUGCACGUAAUAUAAAUAAAAUGUUUUCUGUAAUAACGGUUAUAGAAGUAAAAUAAAUACGAACGAAUGAAGUGAAAUACGAAUAUUAAACUAAGCUUAGAUCAGUAUGGACUACUAUAGACGAUGUUACGACAUUUCAUUAAGACAACAUAAUGUGCCUUCACUGUAGAGAUGUUGUGAUUUUAAAAAUAAAUAUUGUGUAAUCUUUUAUAAAUAAAUAAAAAGCCUGUAUACUGGACGACAUGAUGUUUUGAAUAGUGUAUUAUAGUAUAUUUAUUCAUAUUGUGUUCGAUGUAAUGAAUAUAUUAAGUGUAUAAUACAUUAUGUACUUUUUAGUGAUAAGUUCAACAGCUAUAUUUAUAUAUAAAUAAAAUUUGUAUGGGUAUUUGAUUUACAAAGAAAUAAUGAUAUUCGGUUUUGGAUAUAAUUUGGAUACAGUGGUAUAUGUGAUGUGAGUGCACACAAAGAUGUACAAUGUAAUGCACUUUAUUGUGAUUUUAUAUGAUUUGUAUAAAAAUAUUUUUAUAAAAGACAACAUUUAGUCAUAUAGAAAAUGAAUAUUGUAACAGGUGGCCUCAAUCAACUGAUGUCAACACUAAUACUAAUGAACAUUUUUUCAUCAAAAUUUUGAUAUAAGGCGUCACUGGAGUGCUACUAAAGUGGUCGGAGAGGUUUGAUGGCUUAAAAACUGUUUUCACUAAUUCGAAACACAUUAUUUAUAAAAAAUUAUUGUAAAACUAAAAUUGGCGAUUCACUGAAUGAUGAGUACUUACUUUAAUUUACAGAUUUAAAAAUAUUCGAUUCACUAUGUACCUGUUUGAAUCACAAUUCGAAUGAUAAUUUAAAAUAAUGUAUACAUAGUUUAAUUUGGGAACUUUAUUUUAGGUUCAACUGCGGCUGGCCUCGAAAAUAAAUAUAUAAUUUUAAUAUGCAAGCUCUCAAUUUUAUAAUUACUUUAUAUUUAAUUAUUUUAGGGGAAAAGGAUGACCUCAAAAAUUUAAAAUUUAUUAUCAGAGAAAAUUGGAUUACUACUUAGUGGUGUAAGUAAUUGAUUUACCACAGCUAUCAAGACAGCAGUUACAUCCAUAUGGUCCACUAUAUAUGGACACUAAUACACUCUACUCUAAAACAAACUGGUCUAAUAAAAGCUUUAUAAUUAUGCAUAAAAAGUUAUAAUCAAAGCACGUACCAGAAAAUUUUAACAAAAAAAAUAUGUAUAUGUACGUGUGAGGUCUUCGCAUUUCCCUGUUUUUAUAUAAUGUUCAUUGUUAUAAUUCAAAUGUUUAUUUUAAUUUCACCAAGUUAUGUUUAAAAUAUAAGUGUUAUGUCCACA